CGUGUGAGAUCUCUGAUGUCUGCAAAGACUGGACUUCACUGAAAAACAUUUCCCACACUCAGGACAGGAAUAUGGCUUCUCCCCUGUGUGAGAUCUUUGAUGUGUGUGCAGACUGAACGUCUGUGAAAAACAUUUCCCACACUCAUGACAGGAAUACGGCUUCUCCCCCAUGACAGGAAUACGGCUUCUCCCCUGUAUGAUAUCUCUGAUGUGUGUGAAGACUGGACUUGUCUGAAAAACAUUUCCCGCACUCAGAACAGGAAUACGGCUUCUCCCCUGUGUGAGAUCUCUGAUGUGUGUAAAGAUUGGAUUUCUGUGAAAAACAUUUCCCACACUGAGGACAGGAAUACAGCUUCUCCCCCGUGUGAGAUAUCUGAUGUCUGUAAAGACUGGACUUCUGUGAAAAACAUUUCCCGCACUCAGGACAGGAAUAAGGCUUCUCCCCCAUGUGAGAUCUCUGAUGGCUGCAAAGACUUGACUUCAGUGAAAAACAUUUCCCGCACUCAGGACAAGAAUACGGCUUCUCCCCUGUGUGAGAUCUCUGAUGCCUGUGAAGAUGGGACUUCUGUGAAUAACAUUUCCCGCACUCAGGACAGGAGAAGCUCUUCCCUGUUG